UUUUUAAAGAAACCAGUGGUUUAUUGGCUUCACCGCAAGUCUCCAACCGACAUACAGAGUGCAGCCGAUCUGUGCAAAUAAACCCCAAAAGGAAACGUCGGAAAAACCCCAAACGAAACAAGUAAAUGGCGCUCCGCCAACUCCGACGUACACUAACAACCACCACCACCAACAAACUACCAAUAUUGUACAACUCCGCCUCCACCUCCGACGAUGCGGUUACCCUCCAGCUACUCUCAUGGGGGCGAGGCUCUUCAGGCCAACUCGGCAACGGCAAGGAAGAAUCACAACUAUACCCUUCUCCCUUUUCAUCACUCAUUCUCCCUCCUCUCUCUUACCGUAUCUCUUCAUCGACUUCAUGUCACACGAGAAACGACGACCAAUUAGAAAUUGGCAUUGCCUGUGGACUAUUUCAUUCUGCUGUGCUAAUCGACGGGAAAUUGUGGAUUUGGGGAAAAGGCGACGGUGGACGCCUCGGAUUUGGUCAUGAAAACACUGUUUUUCGUCCGACGGUGAAUUCUAACUUGGAAUCGGUUCGGAGUAUUGCUCUCGGUGGGCUUCACUCCGUCGCACUCGAUUCACUUGGUCACGUAUUCUCAUGGGGUUAUGGUGGUUUUGGUGCUCUUGGUCAUUCUGUUUAUACCAGAGAACUCUCUCCAAAAAGAGUACAAGGCACUUGGGAGGGACAAAUUACCCAAAUUGCAACCAGUGGUACACAUACUGCUGCAAUCACUGAAGCAGGUGAGGUAUAUACAUGGGGAAGAGAUGAAGGGGAAGGGAGGCUUGGGCUAGGUCCCACUCGUGGUCAAAAUGAAGUUGGUGGACUUAGCAUACCUUCAAAAGUAAAAUCACUACAAGUUCCCGUUGUUUCUGUUGCUUGUGGUGGUUUUUUUACAACCGUGAUUACAGAUGAUGGCCAGUUGUGGAGUUGGGGAGCAAAUUCAAACAAUGAGCUUGGUAGAGGUAACCGAAUUGGUGGUUGGAAACCUCAACAGAUUCCCGGUCUUGAGGGUGUUCGUGUUGUUCAAAUAGCAAGUGGUGGAUAUCACUCUCUUGCUUUAACCGAUGAUGGUCGAGUGCUUUCUUGGGGGUAUGGUGGACAUGGACAAUUGGGGCAUUUUUCUACACAAAAUCAAACUGUUCCUUUGAUUAUCGAGUCUCUAGCUGCUGAGAAAGUUGUCCAUAUUGCUUGUGGAGGUUCUUCAUCAGCUGCUGUAACUGAUAAAGGGAAGCUGUACAUGUGGGGGAAUGGGAAGGAUGGACAAUUAGGGGUUCCUGGUGUGCCAGAAAUACAAGCUUUUCCAAUUGAAGUGAAAUUUUUAAUGGAGGAUGAUGGUUUGGGGGGUUCCCAUAAUGUUGUUUCUGUAGCCAUUGGUGCAUCACAUGCUCUUUGUUUGGUUUCAAGGUCAACUAAUUCUUCAUGAUUUACUCUCAACUCAAGAAUGGUGUUUGGAUUUUGUAACUGCCUUUUUUGACACCUCACAUGUGCAUGUUAUUUGUUUAUUUAUGGCAGACUUGUUUGAGUUUAGCACUUUAUGGUGCUCUUGAAUCUCAUUUUGUAGUUAGCUCGAUUUUGCAGAGACUGUAACAAAUGAGGUUAAAAAAAACCGUAUAAAUAAACUUCGGUUCAGCCUGGAUCGAGAUUUGAUUCUCUAAAGAACAAGAAUCAAGAAUUAUACCGGAUAUAUUUAGUUGUGGUUGUGUUUCUCACUUGAAUGUUGCUUAACUGUUGAUUUAUAGCUCUUUUAAUGUUCUGUUAUUAUUUUAGUUUAUUAAUUUGAGCAUAAUACAAAGCCACUUGUAUUCUA